GCGUGCGUGAGCACUUCCGGGUGGGCGCCAGCAGCUACUCACCACCGUUUGCGUCGGUAUCGCGUGUUUCUGGGUGGGCGUCCUUGUCCGCUCCAAUGGCAUCUCGGUACGACAGGGCAAUCACUGUCUUCUCCCCGGACGGACACCUUUUCCAAGUGGAAUAUGCUCAAGAAGCGGUGAAGAAAGGAUCCACAGCGGUUGGAAUUCGGGGUACCAAUAUUGUUGUGCUUGGAGUAGAAAAAAAAUCUGUUGCCAAACUUCAAGAUGAAAGAACUGUGAGGAAAAUUUGUGCCCUUGAUGACCACGUCUGCAUGGCUUUUGCAGGACUGACUGCUGAUGCUAGAGUGGUAAUAAACAGAGCUCGUGUGGAGUGCCAGAGCCAUAAGCUUACAGUUGAGGACCCAGUCACUGUGGAAUAUAUAACUCGCUUCAUAGCAACUUUAAAGCAGAAAUAUACUCAGAGCAAUGGACGAAGACCUUUUGGUAUUUCUGCCUUAAUUGUAGGUUUUGAUGAUGAUGGUAUCCCAAGAUUGUAUCAGACAGAUCCCUCUGGUACCUACCAUGCUUGGAAGGCAAAUGCAAUAGGCCGAAGUGCUAAAACUGUUCGAGAAUUUCUAGAAAAAAAUUACACAGAAGAUGCUAUAGCAAACGACAAUGAAGCUAUUAAAUUGGCAAUAAGAGCUUUGCUAGAAGUUGUCCAGUCUGGUGGAAAAAAUAUUGAACUUGCCAUAAUAAGAAGAAAUCAACCUUUGAAGAUGUUUAAUGCCAAAGAAAUUGAAUUACAAGUAACCGAAAUAGAAAAGGAAAAGGAAGAAGCAGAGAAGAGAAAAUCAAAGAAGACUACCUAAUUCAUAGGAUGGCCACUCGGAGCAUUUAACAUUUUGUUGAAUUUUUAGAAUUACCUAGUGAAGUUUUAGAGGAAAUAAGUUACUUUGAAGCAUUACAUUACAUGCUGUUUUGAGAAUUCCAUGUUUGUAGCUAUUCCCAGUCUAUUCACACAGAUUAGUGUGAAGAUAUUUGAAAGGUCACUCCAGUAAUUGUUGAAAGUAACCAUAAUUCCACAUAAGCCUGUGACUAUAUAAGUUGUCCAGUUUGUUACUUUUCUCUGUUAUCUGCAAACUUAAUUAAGAAAAAAUUUAAUUCCAAAAAAAUUCAUGAUUUGGUAAAAAAAAGUAUUGACUGUCAGUUAAAGAUGUUAAAGUUAAAGAUUUAU